AUGGGAACUACGACGUCGACGAUGGCGGCGAAGCUAGCAUUCUUCCCACCAAAUCCACCGUCGUACACGGUGGAGACAGAGGAAACGACGGGGAAGAUGAGGAUAUCGACGGACAUGAUGCGUCACCGGAGAGAUGAGGAAAUUCAAGUGGUGAAGAUAAAGACAAAAAGAGGGAAUGAGAUCAUGGCCAUGUUUGUCAAGAAUCCAACCGCUAAACUCACCGUUUUGUAUUCUCAUGGCAACGCAGCCGAUUUAGGUCACAUGUUUCUCAUCUUCACCGAACUAACUCAUCAUCUCAAUGUCAAUCUCUUGGGAUACGAUUACUCAGGAUAUGGGCAAUCCUCUGGUAAGCCAAGCGAGCAAGAGACGUACGCAGACAUAGAAGCAGCUUACAAUUGGCUAAGAGAAACGUACGGUACAAAAGAUGAACGUAUCAUUUUGUACGGACAAUCUGUGGGAAGUGGACCCUCGCUCGAGCUUGCUUCUCGUCUUCCACGUGUCCGAGCACUUGUUCUUCACAGUCCUUUCUUGUCCGGUCUACGUGUCAUGUACCCUGUUAAGCACUCCUUCUGGUUUGACAUUUACAAGAAUAUUGACAAAAUUCAACUCGUGGACUGUCCCGUUCUUGUGAUUCAUGGAACAGACGACAAUGUGGUGGGCAUUUCACAUGGAAAGCAACUAUGGGAACUAUGCAAAGAAAAAUAUGAACCCUUAUGGCUUAAAGGAGGAAACCAUUGUAAUCUUGAAAUGUUCCCUGAGUACUUACCUCACUUAAGAAAGUUCAUAUCAGCCAUUGAAAAGCUUCCGGUUCCAAAAUUCCGACAUCAUUCAUUAGAUGAUCAUGAUCACAAGAAAGAGAAGACCAAGAGUAGUAGUUGGAUUGGAUCGAGGCAUAGCACAGAGUGUGUUACAACUAGAGAAAAAUCAAGGAAAAAUAGUAUAGAUCAUCGGUUUGGAAAGGCGAGAAAUAGCGUGGAUAGCUCUGAUCGGGCCAGGAAUAGCUUCGACAGGUUGGGUGAAAUUGUGAGAUCAGUUCGGUUGUGUAAUGUUGAUUGUGUGAAGAAUGCAGUUGUAGAGGUUUGA